GGGAGAGAGAGGAAGAAAAUGCAGGUUUCAAGUAAAACAGAGUGACCUCGGGUUUUCCGCAUAUUUCCGUGCAUUCUGCUAUGGAUGUGGUACCGUCAACCUCACGGUGUAAUAGUGCAGUGAAUAAGCGAUACAGUGUCUUGGAAAUCGAACUGUACUAUUUGAUCGCCAAGUAUAUAUCUACUGGUCCGUGCAAGGAAGCUUAUGAGGUGCUGAGGCGAGAAAUCGAGGAAAAUGAGUUGCUGCCAAAAAGACACGACUGGUUGGGCCAACAACGUAACAACACAUUUGAAGAAGUGGAUGAGCAACAUCGACACAUUGCAAAUGAUCACCUAUUACGCAUGGUGGCACGCCUUGGUCCGGCCAUCAACCAGUUAGUGAAACUUCCUCACUCUGCAGCAUCUACUCUCUUAGGCGCUGGCUCACAGUCACUUCUACGCACAGAACAAGAUCUGAUAAAACGCUACAGAACUUUGUCUCAUGUGUUGGUGCGUCACCAUGGCUCUCCUCCUCUGGAACCCGUGCGGGUGUGUGGGCCUCCCAGCCUCACCCAGACCAUUGUCGGGAGAGAGCUCACAGGCACUGUCAACCGCAAGCAUGUGGUCACAAACAAAUUUUACUGUCGUACACAGUUGUUUCAGCGCUCCGUUGGUCAUCUGUCGGCAGUUUACUGCAUGCUGUUUGACCGAUCGGGGAAAUAUAUCAUCACAGGUGCAGAUGAUACCUUGGUUAAAAUAUGGAGUAUUCUUGAUGGGCGGUUGUUGGCUACCCUGAGAGGAGCUUCUGCAGAGAUAUCCGACUUGGCCAUUGACAGUGAGAACACACUUGUUGCUGCUGGAUCCUGUGAUAAGAUCAUUCGUGUGUGGAGUCUACAGACCCUCGCACCUAUAGCAGUGUUAUCAAGCCACACUGGAAUGAUCACAGCCUUGCAAUUCUGUCCUGCUCCUGACAGUGAAGGUGUUCUAGUUUCAACAGGCGGCGAUGGUUGUGUAGCAUUUUGGACAUAUGUUCGAAGGGGUUGUGAUGUAAAGUUUGACUCCAAGCCAUUGAAAGUUAAUGAGAGAGUUCGACCUGGCAAUGCCCAACUCAUUUGUGCAUCUUUUAGUCAAGGAGGACAUUUCUUGGCUCUGGGAGGUGCAGAUCAUUUUGUCAGGGUGUAUCACCUUGGGGGUGAAGAUGGGGUAGAGAAGCUGAUUGAAACUGAAAGACAUCUAGAUCGUGUGGAUAGUAUUCAGUGGUGUCAUAAAGGCCUCCAGUUUAUCUCUGGCAGUAGGGAUGGCACUGCACUGGUCUGGAAGUAUGAGCGCCAGCAAUGGAAAAAUAUUGUACUUAACAUGUCCAGCUUACUACCAGGACUCAGUCCUCCUACUGAAGAUAUCCGUCGGUUGCAAGUAACAAUGGUUGGGUGGAACCAGUCAGAUGAAUAUGUCAUCACUGCCAGCAGUGACAAGUGGCUACGAGUGUGGGACAGCUCCACGGGAGAGCUGAAGCACAUCCUUCGAGGUCAUGAAGAUAAUUCCUAUGUAAUUGAGGCCCAUCCUCACGAUGCCAGACUCAUCCUUACUGCUGCUCAUGACGGUCAGCUUAUGAUGUGGGACAUUUUCACUGGCACUCUUGUCUGGAACUUCAAGAAUACCAUUGAAGGUCAAGGUUAUGGGGCACUUUUUGAUGCCAAGUGGUCCCCAGAUGGCUUCACAAUAGCUGCCACAGACUCUCACGGCCACCUCGCACUUUUUGGAAUUGGACAUAAUGAAAAGUUCCAACAGAUACCAAAAGAGCUUUUUUUCCACACUGAUUAUCGUCCUCUGAUGCGUGAUGGCAACCACCAUGUAUUAGAUGAACAAACACAAAUGGCUCCUCACUUGAUGCCUCCACCAUUCCUUGUGAACAUGGAUGGUGACCCUUACCCACCUGAGUAUCAGCGGCUUGUACCUGGAAGAGAGAGCUGUAGACAUGAUCAACUCAUACCCAAUGUUCUGUUAAAUGCCAAUGGUGACCAGGAGGUGCUUGAUAUUGCUCUCAUAGAUGUUGACAACAGUGUGCCAGUUAUACAAACCCCAGAAUAUAUAUCUGGUCCGAGGCCAAGUAUUGAUGACAUGAUUCAGCGUCUGGCACAAGAGCAGGACCAGAGAAUGGCUCACGGUAGAAGAUCAUCUGAAACAAGAGAGCAGCCAGGGCCCAGUGGGGUUAGAGAGAGACGUGAGAGUAGUAACAGUAGAAGAGGAGAGCGCCGAGCCAGUUCUGGUGGACCACCCAAUGACCACUCUUAUGCCGUCGCUGCUCUGCAUGACCCAUUAUCACCUCGAGCCACAGCAGGUCGUGUUGGGGCUCGUAGAGUUGGUGAUGUGGAAGGCGUUCGUCAGUCCACUGGUAACUGGCAGCGGGAUCCCAACAUCAAAUGGAACCGACGCGUAAUUGUGAAACGGCAAUAUGUAUCAGAUAUUAAACAGUCAUUAGAGAGAAGAAGAGUGUUAGGAGAGAUGGAACUGCAAAUGUAUGAUGAAGAAAGUAAAAAAAAGCCAGAACCAGUACGUUCUCCUCUCCAGCAACAUCAUGAGUCUGACAAGAAACUACGGAAGAAGCAGAAGAAACAAACGCACUCAUACUCAACGCGAUCUGUAAGAGAGUCUGGAGGAGGUCCUUAUGAACAUCAUGAUUAUGAGGAUGUAGAAAAUGCUGGUGGCUCUAGUAGCUCUGGUAGUUCAUCAGGAUCAGAAGUUGUAAAUGAUGAACUCCAAGAGUCAUCCAGCUCAGAUGACCAGUCAACAGACUAUUCAGACUGGACUGCUGAAGCUGGGGUCAACCUGGAGCCCCCCAAACGAACGGUUCACAAACAAAAGAAGAGCCCUCGGAAAAAGAAGAAGAAGGAUAAAGUUGGCAGUGACGAAGAUGAUAAUAAAGAACAAAAAGAUGAUGAUGAUGAUGAUGAUGAUGAUGAUGAUGAGGAGGAUGAGGAGAAAAAUAAGGAAAAUGACAAAAGUAACUUAUGGACUGUACCUCGGUCUCAAAGAAAGCGAGGACCAAGACCUAACCUCUCAGAGAUCAGUGGAGGUGCAGAUGAAAUCCCCGAGGAGUUCCGUCCACCAGAAUGGUUAACAGAAACUGUUCCCAAGAAAGCUCCAUAUUUCCCACAAAUGGGAGAUGAACUAAUUUAUUUUAUGCAAGGCCACAUGCUCUACGUUGAAGCUGUCAUGAACAGGAAGCUUUAUACUUAUGAUAAGCGGAGUUUGCCUUGGAUGAGAACUACAAAUAAGCUCAGGCACCAAGAAUACGUAAAAAUUAUUGGAAUAAAAUAUGAAAUUAAGCCACCACGCUUGUGCUGCCUUAAACUGGGGAUCUUGGAAUUGGGCAAGGGAAAGCUCACCUCAGACUCCUUUACUAUCAAAUACCAUGACAUGCCGGAUGUCCUGGAUUUUUUAAUUCUGAAGGCUACAUAUGAUAGUGCUGUAAGGAGACAGUGGAGGCCAGGUGACAGAUUCCGGUGUAUCAUUGAUGAUGCCUGGUGGCUGGGCACAGUAGAGAGCCAGGAGCCUCAUCUACCCGAGUUUCAAGAUUCUAUGUUCAUGUGUUAUCGUGUUCUUUGGGACAACGGAGAACGAGAACGACUUAGUCCAUGGGACAUGGAAGUCAUAGAUGAUGAAAUGGAGGCAGUGGAGACUGGAGGCAGUGUGGCAGUGAAAAAGGAAGAGCUAGAAGGCUUGAUGUAUACUCUGCUGGAUGAAGAAUGGGCAAUGCGGGACCCUGGCCUCGAAUGUGACAGAAUUUCCGUGGGUCUCUCGAAGAUCAUGAGUCUAGCCAUCGCUGAACCAUUCCUUGUUCCUGUUGAUCUUAACGUUUAUCCCAUGUACGCUUUAAUUAUUGACUACCCGAUGGAUCUCACCACAAUUAAGAGUAGACUAGAUAAUCGGUUUUAUCGGCGCAUCAACGCAGUCCAAUUUGAUGUGCGAUAUAUUGCAACAAAUACAGAGAAGUUUAACCAGAAGGGGAGCAACAUUGUCCGCCAAGCUAGAAUUGUCACAGAGCUCUGCCUAAAGCUUAUCAAAGAUGGGAAGUGUGAAGACCCAACACAACUGUAUCAUCAGCUUCAGGCUAACUACCACUCCCCAGACCACAGCGAUGAGGACAAUGUAAAUAGAGCAGAUGGAGGCAUAUCUAGAGGUUACCACAGUAAAGGGGGUCACAGCAAGGGACUGAGGGGCCGUGGCCAACCACUUCCAGAUAGUCGCACCUGGCAGCAGAGAUGCAAAGAUCUCCUACGGAGUAUUUUUGAAAGAGAGGAUUCCAUGCCUUUCAGAUAUCCUGUAGAUUUGGAUCGUUACCCAGACUACAGCCAAGUAAUUGAUGUUCCAAUGGACUUGACAACAGUACGAGAGGAACUGUCUGCCAACGGUUACACCACACCCCAUGACUUUGCCAAGGAUAUGAGGCUUAUAUUUACUAACUCUAAAAAUUAUAACACGAAUAAGAGGUCCCGGAUAUACUCAAUGACUCUACGUAUGGAAGCUUAUUUUGAAGACCAGAUAAAAUCCAUUUUAUCCACUCACAAAGUGCAAGGUAAGCGUAAUCUCUCUAAGAUCAAUCCUCGCAAUCAAAAAGGAAAGUUACUCACUACUUCUCAUAAAAUGCAGAGCGGAAGAGGUUGUGUGUCCCAGACUGGGGCGACCUCUCGCAAGGUAUCUCCAGCUCUCUCCUUGGGAGGCAGUGGAGUCGAGCAGAAAAGGCUACCGUCAGCCACCUCACAGUCUCCCACAACAGUCUUGACAAGGAGAGGAACUUCCGGCAGGACGAGCAACCUACGCACAAAACAUGUGCCAUCUAAAGCCAGCGGUGACACAAAGAAAAGUGCAACAUCAUUAACAGCUUGUGGGCGGCCAGUUGUUCCUCUACAUCAGACAGAUUACUCUUUAUUAACUACUUUUGAUGAUGACAUGAAUCUUGAAGAUGGAUACAAUGAUGAGGAUGGUGAAACUACUUUUGGGAAGGCAUCCAGAAAGGACACAAUGAGAAGAUCUAGAAGGGUUGCCCGUAAGAAGCAUUUGAACGAUGAGGAUGAAGAUAGUGACUCGGGCGAAGAGUACAGUCCUAGAAAUAGACCUACUAAGACUGUGGCUAAAGCCAAGAAGAAGGGUGUGGCCACAAGAAACAGAGGCAAGGUUACUGUGCAGUACAAUGAAGAAAGUGAGGAGGAGGAUUUGACUUCAAAAGUGAAAGUUGCAACAAGUGUGGCAAAGGUAAAAAAGAAAAACGUGCUGACAAGUGGCAGUAGCAGCAACAGUGAGAGCAGUAGUGGUGAUGAUGCCGGGCCCAGUGCAAAGAGAACUAAUGGCCAGUUGUAUGGUAUUGAAAGUAGGCUCAAAAGUUCUUCAGGUGAAGAGAAUAUUGAUGAGAAACCUAAAAAGGCAUCAAAUGGUGUGAAUGGUUUAGCAAAAAAGAAAAUGGGUGCUCUAGCAAAGAGAAAAAGUAUUGAUAAAGCAAAGAAGGUUAGUGAUAGUGAUGACAGUGAAGGGAGUAGUGAUUCUUCUAGUCCACCUGAGGGUGAUAGUGCUCAACAAAAACCCAGUAAAAAUCCAGGUAAUGAUAAGAGAAGACGAUCCGCUAGUAGUAGUAGUAGCAGUAAUAGUAGUGAUUUAAGCAGGAAUAAAAAAACAGUAAAAAAACGAAUAGGUCGUCCACCGAAUAUAAAUAAGAGCAAAACGGGACCUAGCAAGCGCACUAAAGAUGAGAGUGAGGUGGAAUUUGAUGAUGAAGAUCUAGAAUCCAGCAGUGAGGAAAGUGUAGAAGAAGAGACAUCUGCAAAGAGAGGGAGGAAGAGAGGUGUUGCAUCUGGUGUAAGGAGAGCGAGGAAGAUUAUUCUUGAUGGUGAUGAUGAAGACGAUACAGAUUUUAUUGCUGAUAAGGAUUUUAUUGAUGAUGCCGAUGUUACAGAUGACGACUCCAGCUCAGAAUCAGAGACCGACGAUGGAAGUGAUGACGAGGUCAAAAAGUCAAAGAAAAAGAAGAAAAGGCCAAAACAAAAGCCCAAACCAACAAAAAAGAAAAAGCCAGUAAAAAAGAAAGCAAAGAAUGGCAAAUCAAAAAAGCCAGUUCCAAAGAAAAAAACACCAGCGAAAAAAUCGAUGACUGUGGCCAAAAAGCGAACACCUGAUAGGCGCCAGUUCCAGGAGUUUAUCACAGUUAACAGAGUAGGUCAGGCACCUAUACCAUAUAAACCAAUCAAUUUUGCAUCAAAUGAAGUAAUUGUCAACGAGGUAAAGCACAAGGGACGGAUUGUUGGGAGGGUUAUCACCUCUAAGUUUGAUGAUGGUGAUGACGAUGAUGAUGAUGACACUGAAGAUGAAUUGGGUUCAGAUGAAGAAAGUGAUGAAUAUAAAGGACCAACACCUCUUGGGAAAGGAAAAGGUAAAUCUGUGAAGAAUUUAGGUAACCUGAAACGUUCACUUUACAGUGACUCUGAAUAUGAGAGCACACCAAAAAAAAUUUCACAAAAGAGAAUGAGGUACAGCGAUGAUGAUGAUGACGAUGAUGAUGAUGAUGAUGAUGACGAUGAUGAUGAUGACGAUGAUGACGAUGAGAUUGACGUCAGCAGUCGAGGUAGAGUGAGGAAAGCAAACACCUUGAUGAGAGACUUCAUAUAGUAUUAGGUGAUGUAUAGUUAUUAACUACUACGUAAAAACCAGGGUCUGGAUUUACACAAGUUCUGUAUGUUUAAUUUUAUUCCUUGACUAAAAUUAAAUGGAUGUAGUUACAGUAGUAUCUCAUUGAUAUUUUAUUUCUCUCCAUAAGUCGACCAGUUCAUGCAUUCUUUCACCGUCACUUUAUUAUUAUUCAAUCAGUUAGGUACAAUACAUUCUUACAUUUUUAUUUAAAAGGAAAAUUCAGCAUACAAAUCUUUGAGAAUUUGGGCCCAGGAAUGUUACAAAUUUUCUCUGAUGUAUUCACCUUCACCUCAGGUAUAUAGAUGUUGAAGUAUUUAAUGAGUAUCUGUUACCAGGUAGGAUCAUUUACUUCAAUUAUAUGAUGUCAUCCUCUAAAUCUUGAGUGAUAUCAACUCUAGAAAUAUUUUGAGGUGGUACUGGAUUUUCAGACGUUUAACUGUGAUAUAUUGUAGAAACUUUUGACUGAAGUUUGUGAUUUUUACACAUGAGUAAAUAUAUAUACUGUAUAUAUGAGGGGAGUUAUGGCGAUGACUAAGAUAUUACUUCAGUGUGUGAUACCAUUAAUACAAUCACUCAGGGUGUCUAUAACCAAUUUAUUUUCUUACUCAGUACCUUUUUUAUUGGUCUCAUUCUUAUUAAUUUAAUUAAAACUAGAUUACAACAUGACCAAAUGUUGACAAGAUAACUGCCUUUAUGCUUUUAAAUAUUUAUUUAUUGUCCUUGUGAUCAGGAUUAUUAGGUGAUCUCUUAUGGAUUCUCUUAUUGGGCGAUAACAUUAUUUACCUUAUUCAGCUCUUCCAUUCAGGUGAGCUGAAGGCUGACUACAAAUGAUAUCCUUCUUAAUGUCAAUACUUAGGGUAUACACGAGAUACCUAAUUCUGUGAGUAUGAGCAGUAAGAACAAAGAAUAGCAACUAUGGAUCCAAAAAUAUUAUAAUUGUUACAUGAUGGUUGUUGAAGUGGCAACAAUAUUUGGGAAGCUCAAGCUCAUUUGAUUGGAGGAGCUUGAAAAUAUGUCCAACUUACAGUUAAAGAACAUUCAGAAGUUUUCAUUAUAUGUUUUUAGCAUUGAUGAAUGAUUGACACGUGAGGGUGUAAUUGAUGAAGGUCACUGCAUAUGACACUUUACGGAGUUGAGAUGAUCAGAAAGUGAAGUGUUUGGUCAAAGUACUUUAUGUAUCUCCCUGCAUGUGACACUUUAAAGGGUGGAGAUGGUUAGUAGAGAAGAAAUUGUUCAAAGGUUUUGUACAUACUUCCUUGCAUAUAUAUCAUUGAGGGUAUGCCAAUGGUCAAUAAGUGAAGUGGCUGGUUUUGUACAUACCUGUGUAUGACAGUGAAGCAGACCCAGUUGAAUUUUUGGAGUUGGAGUGAAUGAUACAUAGCAGUAUCAUUAUAUAUUUACAAUAAAGUUCAAGAACUUGUCAGUUUUAAAACAGUAUAAUUUUUUCCUCCUAAACUCCAAUACGUAGUGAGAAAGCGCUUGAAAGAGUUAAAAAAAAAUGAAUCUUAGAAGUAACACCUUUGAACAGUAGUGUUGAAAAUACAAAUGUCAGUAUUAUUAUUGUAUAGUAUUUUAAAAUGAUAGUGUUAUGGAAAAGGUAAGAUAUUAGCAUGGUUCCAAUUUCUCAAAACAGUAUAGUACAGUAGUAUUAUUAUUUUUUAUUUUUACCUUGCAAAUUUGCAUAAUAGUAAUUGUUUUUAUUCAUCAGGUAAAGAUUCUCUUUUAACUUAAAUUUUAUAUUAUAUUGGUCAAUUUCCUAAUAUUGUAGUACAUAGCUGCUACUAAAAUAAUAGUUGCAGUUGAACAAACUCUACAGUCAUGUGUUGAUAAUAGUAUGGCUGGAGGUAUUAAUUGGUAUUUUGAAGACAUAUCUUGUGCUUUUGCAAGGUUGAGAUGUACACUAGUAUUUUAAUCGAUUUUUUCACAUACUUUUUUCAUAGACCAAAGACAAUUCUUUGUCACAGUGAUUAUUCUACAAAUUAAUCAUGAAGAGAUGCAAGUUUUUGAGGGGUGAUAACCAGACCUUUGGCAUGUGGAUGUUGUUCAGGUAAAGCUAGCAGUUCAUGAAAUGAUGUCUUCAGGAAUGUACAUUUACUGUAUAGUAUUCUCAACUUUUAUGACGUAAUUUACUUUUUUAAGCUAUUUGUAAGUUUUGUAAGUUCAUUGCUUAAAUUGAGGCCAUUCUGGAUUUGCUCAUAAAUUUUGUAAUAAAAGAGACUGUUUU